AUGGUUAAGUUAGUUAGCAACAAAAGAGCUAAUGUCCAAAUCACAAAGUACUUCUUCAUGUCACAUUUGAACACCAUAGCUCCGAAAGUCACCACUCUCAACCACCUCAAACAACUCCAAGCACAGAUCAUUUGCACCUCCCUCCACCACCAAAACCAGUGGUUGGCACUGCUCAUCAGCCUAUGCAAGCGCCUCCACGCACCACCACCCUACACCCGUCUCAUUUUCAACUUGGCCCACCAACCCAAUGUCUUUGUCUUCAAAAACUUACUCAAAUAUUACUCCCAAUUGGGUUCCCACAAUGACGUGAUCACCCUCUAUAACCAAACUCAAAAAUGUGAUACCAAGACCGAUGCAUCUGUAUACCCAAUAGUGAUCAAAUCGGCUGGUAAUGCCGGCAUUGUGUUCCAUGCUCAUUUGUUGAAAAUGGGUCACUGUUGUGACUGUUAUGUACGCAAUUCAAUCAUGGAUAUGUAUGCAAAAUAUGGUCCUAUUGAGACUGCUCGUGAACUGUUUGAUGAAAUGUGUGAUAGGAAUGUUGUGGAUUGGAAUUCGAUGAUAUCGGGGUACUGGAAGUGGGGAAAUGAAAUUGAAGCGCGGAGACUGUUUAGUAUUAUGCCUGAGAGGAAUGUGAUCUCUUGGACAGCGAUGGUUAGUGGGUAUUCAAGAAUCAAAGAUUUGGAGAGUGCGAGGAGAUAUUUUUAUGAAAUGCCUGAGAAAAGUGUCGUGUCAUGGAAUGCAAUGCUAUCGGGUUAUGCCCAGAACGGGUUUCCUGAAGAGGCUAUAAAUGUUUUCGAUGAAAUGAUGAAUGCUGGAGUUAAGCCUGAUGAGACAACUUUGGUUGCUGUCAUUUCCGCUUGUUCAUUGCAUGGUGAUCCUCGCCUCGCAGAAUCACUUGUUAAAAUGAUUGAUGAGAAGGGUAUCAGGCUGAAUUAUUUUGUCAAGACAGCACUUCUUGACAUGUAUGCAAAGUGUGGAAGCAUUGUGGUUGCUAGAAAGAUUUUUGAUGAGUUGGGUGCAUAUAGGAAUUCUGUCACAUGGAAUGCAAUGAUUUCGGCGUAUGCACGGGUUGGAGAUCUGAGUUCGGCCAGAGAGCUCUUUGAUAGGAUGCCCGAAAAGAAUGUUGUCUCGUGGAACUCAAUGAUAGCUGGUUAUGCUCAAAAUGGGCAAUCAGCAAUGGCUAUUGAGGUGUUCAAAGAAAUGAUCACAACCAAGGACUCAAAACCUGAUGAGGUGACUAUGGUGAGUGUAACUUCGGCUUGCGGCCAUCUAGGGGCUUUGGAAUUGGGCAAUUGGGCUGCAAAAAUCCUGACUGAAAAUCAUAUUAAGUUGAGCAUUUCUGGAUACAACUCUUUGAUUUUCAUGUACUCAAAGUGUGGAAGCAUGAAAGAUGCUAAGAAAAUUUUCCAAGAUAUGAAAACAAGAGAUGUGAUUUCUUACAACACUUUAAUCACAGGGUUUGCAGCUUAUGGCCAUGGCCUGGAAGCAGUUGAACUAAUGUGCAAAAUGGAAGAAGAAAGUAUUGAACCAGACCGCAUAACACUUAUUGGUGUUCUAACAGCUUGCAGCCAUGCAGGCCUACUAGAAGAAGGCAAAAAGGUCUUUGAAUCUAUCAAAGCUCCAGAAACAGAUCAUUAUGCUUGCAUGGUUGAUUUGUUAGGUCGGGUAGGUAAACUCGACGAAGCAAAGAGUUUGAUUGAAGAAAUGCCAAUGCAUCCUCACGCAGGAAUUUAUGGGUCACUCCUGAAUGCUAGUCGAGUUCACAAGAGAGUUGAUCUUGGGGAACUUGCUGCAAACAAGCUCUUUGAGAUAGAACCAGAAAAUUCAGGAAAUUAUGUUUUACUUUCAAAUUUAUAUGCUUCGCUAGGGAGAUGGGAAGAUGUCAACAGGGUCAGAGGGGCAAUGAGAAAAGGGGGAGUGAAGAAGACUACUGGAUGGAGUUGGGUGGAAUAUGGUGGUAAGAUGCAUAAGUUCAUCGUAGGUGAUCAGUCACAUGAACGAUCAGAAGAUAUUUAUAGAAUAUUGGCAGAAAUGAAAAAGAAGAUGAGGAUUUCCGGAUACAUAGCUGAUAAGAGCUGUGUGUUGAGAGACGUUGAGGAGGAAGAGAAGGAAGACAUGGUUAGCACUCAUAGUGAGAAAUUGGCCAUUGCGUUUGCUCUUCUCGUUAGUGAAGCAGGAGAAGUGAUUAGGGUGGUGAAGAAUCUAAGGGUAUGCUGGGAUUGCCAUCUGGCAAUAAAGAUGGUAUCAAUGUUGGAGGGGAGGGAGAUCAUUGUGAGGGAUAACAAUAGAUUUCACUGUUUCAACAAUGGGGUGUGCUCUUGCAAGGACAAUUGCUUCAAGUUACCUGGUGGAGAUGGCGGCAUGUCUAGAUGCUCUGUGGUGGGCUGUGCGAGAGGGCUGGACUUCUUGGUGUGGCAUCAGACAUUCUGCGACUAG